CAUUUUGGCUACGGCAGAUUUCUGGUGAGUGAGACGGACAGCAGCGGCGAAGUAGGAAAGGAGAGAGACCGCUGGCUCAAAAACAAAAGAAAAAAAUUUAAACAAUGAAACCAUCGAUAAAUUUCACUGCAGCUCAUGAAUGAAACGAAUUAGAUUGUUUAUAUCGUUAAUUCAAUGACGUAACGUUGUUCGGUUAAAGCUUGAGGUUAGCAGCCUGCUAGCGAAGAGAAGGGCUGUGUCAUUGAGAAGACAGGACACGUCAAGAGGAGGAAGAAAAAUCUGGGAAACUGUCGCUAAGCCAGACUCGUGGAAGAUACAAAAGACCUGUUUGGAUAACUAGUGACAAGUCAAGUUGUCAGUUAAUAAGCACAGAAUAAUCUGCGGUUGUCGCAUUGGAGCGGAUCUUCUUCCAGUCAUCGCCUUGGAUCAAGGGUAGCCAGUAAGGAUAAGCAUACCGUGUGGCAGUCUUGACUGGAAAACAUAAAUGGGGGAUUACGGGUUUGGAGUCUUGGUGCAAAACAACACUGGCAACAAGUCCGCUUUCCCUGUACGAAUUCACCCCCAUUUGCAACCUCCUCACCACCAUCAGAACGUAACGCCGAGCCCUGCUGCUUUUAUAAACAGCACCACAGCUGGAAAUGGCAGCACAGUUGGGUCUCCCUGGCUAUUCCCAACGGCCACAGCCCAUAACAACAUGCAAGAUGAUAUGGGUACUGACAAACCCAAGGCCCAGCAGCAGGAGCUGCAAGAGACGCAAGAGAAGCAGCAGCAGCUCUCCCCAGUGCACCAAGAGGGUGGCAUCAUCUCAGAGCUUGAGAAAGCUCGUUCUGAAGAGAGCAAACCUGAGAAUGGCACGUCUGAGGGCACCAAUGGUAAGGAGAAGUUGCGCCUCGAGUCCCCUGUCCUGUCACCUUUUGACUAUCAGGAACCAUCUGUUCUGGGCACAGCUGUUCAGUCCAGUACUUCCUCAUCCUCCUUGACCAGCUUCAACAACUGGUCUGCUGCCAUUGCACCAACCCCAUCAGCCAUUGUCAAUGAGGAUGUGGGUUUCUUUACCCCGGCCAGCAACGGCCCAUUGCUAUUCCAGAACUUCUCUCACCAUGUUGGCCCAGGCUUUGGUGGCAGCUUCUCUCCUCAGAUCGGUGCUGUCUCUCAGCACCAUGCUCCUCCACCCCACCCGCACUUCCAGCACCAGCAGCACCGUCGUUCUCCAGCCAGUCCACAUAACCCUCCACCCUUCCCACAUCGUGGUGCCACCUUUGGCCAACUUCCUCAUCUCUCUAGUGGCCUGAGCAAACCACCCUCUCCCUGGGGUGCAUAUCCAAGCCCCUCACCCUCACCUUCUUCAGCUUCCUGGAGUCCAGGUGGUGGUGCAUAUGGCUCUGGUACUGGCUGGGGAGGGUCUCGGAGUGCUGACUUCCGUCGUGGCUUGAAUGGUGCUGUGACUCCUCUCAGCUCUGUCUCACCACUCAAGAAGACCUUCCCAAACAAUCACUCAGCCUCACAGAAGUACACCCGCCCUGGCACCACCUUUACCCCCAAGACCUGGAUGGAUGAGACUGUUGGCCGUAACGACAAUGUCUUUCCCUUCCAGGAGCGCACUCGAUCAUUUGAUGGCUUCAGCAUGCACUCCCUGGAGAACUCUCUAAUUGACAUCAUGAGGGCCGAGCAGGACACCCUGAAAGGUCGCCUUGGAUUCACCCAUCCAGGAGGAGACAGCCCUUUGCCUAUAAAUGGUCACUCAUCCUUGUUCCCAAUGGAGGAUGGUUUUCCAGAUGAGGAGAGGGCGGAGCAGAGCCUGCCUGGUCUAGGCUCUCCCCAUUGCUUCCCACAUCAAAAUGGAGAGCGAGUGGAACGUUACUCACGCAAGGUCUUUGUGGGUGGUCUUCCCCCAGAUAUAGAUGAAGAUGAGAUUACUGCUAGUUUCCGUCGUUUUGGACAUCUCUUUGUGGACUGGCCUCACAAGGCUGAGAGCAAGUCUUAUUUUCCACCAAAAGGUUAUGCAUUCCUUUUGUUCCAAGAUGAGAGUUCUGUCCAGGCUUUGAUUGAUGCGUGCAUUGAAGAAGAUGGCAAGCUCUACCUGUGUGUGUCCAGCCCCACCAUUAAAGACAAACCUGUCCAGAUCCGCCCUUGGAAUCUGAAUGAUAGUGACUUUGUGAUGGAUGGAUCUCAGCCACUGGAUCCCAGAAAGACUAUUUUUGUAGGUGGUGUACCACGCCCUCUGCGUGCAGUGGAGCUGGCGAUGAUCAUGGACAGGCUGUAUGGUGGUGUGUGCUACGCAGGGAUUGACACAGACCCUGAGUUGAAGUACCCUAAGGGAGCAGGGAGGGUUGCCUUUUCUAAUCAGCAGAGCUACAUUGCUGCUAUCAGUGCUCGUUUUGUACAACUGCAACAUGGAGAGAUCGAUAAGCGGGUGGAAGUGAAGCCAUAUGUCUUGGACGACCAGCUGUGUGAUGAGUGCCAGGGCACGCGUUGCGGAGGCAAGUUUGCGCCUUUCUUCUGCGCCAAUGUCACAUGCCUCCAGUAUUACUGUGAAUACUGCUGGGCGGCCAUCCACUCACGUGCUGGCCGAGAGUUCCACAAACCACUGGUGAAGGAGGGUGGUGACCGACCUCGUCACAUCUCCUUCCGUUGGAACUGAGGUUACACAGGCAGGGAGUGAGAGAGACGAGGGAGAGAAGGGUAGGAGUCGCAAAAUCAUUGUCUAAUAAAUGCACUUUCUGUUGCUGUUUCCUUUUUAAUUUAAUCUGGACAAAAUUUCAUUAAUUUUAAUUUUUAGUGGAUGUCAAUCGAAAAAUGUUCAGGAAGAAAAUACAAUGUGUCCUGCAUCUCUACUAUUUAGGUAAUGCAGUUAGAUUUUUCUUAUUUUCUUGGUGCACAGACAUGAAAUAUUGAGAGUUGGUAAUUUGUUAUUCAGUACCUGUUGUGGCUCAAUUAGAAGUAUUACGUUUUAUUUUUAUUUGAUUCAAAAGGCUACAGAGCAGACAUGAAAAGGUGUGAGUGCACUUAUUUCUUUUUUGGAAUAGAGUGCAGAUGCAGUGUAAGAGCCCAGUGUUUAACCAAAGCUUAAUUGGGUUUUAAGAACGGUAAAAUGCGCGCGCGCGCACACACACACACACACACACACACACACACACACACACAAGGAAUUCAAAACAAGUGAUUCCACAUCAGAUGUCUGGGCUUGAACUCCAUUUUUUGCAGGAAAACUUAUACCUCAAGUUUAGCUGCUAGUUUGUUGAGCAAGAUGUAGAAAUUAAGCUGGUCUCCCCUUUACAUGCUGACCACAGAAAAGGGAAUUGACAGCAGAAAAGACAGUUAGAAAAUCUGUGGUGUCACUUCCUGAAUUAAAAAUAAGAUUAGCAGUGAAACAGAGCAUCCUAGUGGGGAAUGUAUGCUGCUGAGGAUGCAGUACUCUGCAUGCUAGCUGGUUUAACAGCUAGGGAUUUUAAUUCCGUGGUGCCCUGCAGAAAUAAAAAUGGCUUUCAUCAGCUUACUUUAAGGCUAGCAAUUCUUAUUUUGUCCAACAAUGUAUGCUAACUUACAGGUCUUUAGCCAAUUUUUGACACUUUCAACUUAACACAGGUUUAAUGGCAAAAAGUGCUAAAGAAAGUUAAGAAAAAAAGCACCCCAGAUACCUCCUGUUCUGCAGUAUCCACUCAGCUGAAGUUUUGAAGCAUAACUGAAGGUAAUUUACAUUACCACUGUACUUUAUCCACUUUGAUUUACAGCAUAGAUUUAAAAAAAAAAAAACUUUCAGAUGUUAGGGUACCAAAGAUGGCUGUACAGUAGUGAGCAAGACUGCUCACUUUUUUUUUUCUCUUUCAAGUGAAAGUCUCAUUUCUGUUUAUUUUUUGCCCCUCACUCCCUUUGAUAUUUGAGACCAGAUGAAUUCCAACGAACCAAAGAUUGGCCUUGAAUUGAUGAGCAUGCAGUCAAAAUCCAGAGUAACACUAGUGAAAAAACGAGCAUAGUGCUCAUAGUGCUUUUCCACGAGUCCACCUGCUUCUUUUCCAAAGGUCUAAAAGGAGACUCAUGUCUUUCAAGCAGUCGAGUGUCAUUUUGAGAAAUUGCUAGCUGUUAAGUUUUGGAACUGAAAUGUUUGUACUUUGAAUACAGCAUCCAGCUCAAUUAAUAAUUCCAGACUUUGACCAUCUGAUAGUGCUAGCAUAAAAUGUCAGGGACAUAGUGAUGAACUGUAAACUUCAUACACUAGUGAGAAACGUAUCCUCGCGUUGGCUUGAUGUUCCAGUGCACCCACGCAGCACCACCACUUCAGCUUGUGGGUGUUAUGGUUAUACAUUUUAGAAGUUAAAACACUUUUUGAAGAAUUUGCUGUUAAUGAGAUGAUAGAUUAUUUUCUACAUGGCCUAAUGAUUUUUGGUACAGUGUUUUCUAGCUAAAUUAUUUUGUCAUGCACAUAUGAACAUUUAUUAUGCACUACUUUUCUAAAUACUUUUGUUUUU